AUGAGUUCCGACCUCGUAGCAUACGCUGCCGGCGUCCAAGUGGACGUCGACGUGCCUUUAAAGCGUCCACAACAAAUCAUUCGUCUUCUCCAUAGCACACGUGGUUCAUCCCCAAUGCUCUUUAUUGGUUGCUUGGACGGUACACUCCGUAGUUACGUACUCGAUGAACGCACAGGCUCCAUGCACUGGCAAGCGGAUUAUAAGCGAUUAUUUCACAUUUGCUGCAAUUUUUUGGAUAUUUGGGGUGUAUUUGCUACGAUAAUUGACAAUCGAUUAAAACUUUAUGACCUGCCACUAUUUAAUAAUACACAUGCUGUGGUUAGGGAUGAAUUAAAGGACGCUAUUCUGUUUACGGUUAAUGAAGAGGCAAAGACACUGUGUGCUCUAAUUAAAUCCAAUAUCGUAAAAGUCUAUGAUUGGACUGUCAAGAGGACUCUGGCCCUUCGGGCUCAACAUGAAUUACAGACGAUGCUAUUGCCUGUGCAGCAGUUAUUAUUGCUGAGUGAAAAUCAUGUGUGUAUCCAGAGAAAAAAAGACUGGAGUGUACUUAAUUUGGACAAUGGCAAAGUGUUUCAUGUAUCAGAAGAUGUAAAAGAUAAAGUCAAUGAUGUUCUGGAAGGAAGAGUUGCUGUUUGUGAUGCAGUAUCACUACCUAGCCGACAUUUGGCUCGACGACGACAACAUGUGAUGGAAUUGUUGCUAUGUGGCAAACAUCGUGGAGUGAUUUUAUCCAUUGAUGAAGAUAUUUCGAUGGUGGAGACAGAGGAAAAUGUGUAUGGAGCUUUUGAUGAUGAUACAGAUAGGUUGGAUGAUAUGAGUGCAGGUAAAGCACUUGAUCUAUCGACUCGUCAAUUGACUAUCAAGGUGGAGAGGAUCAUUGAGUACAAUGUGGCUCCGUCUAAUGUGUAUUUCCAUCACCCAUUUUUACUCCUAAACCAGGUAGAACAACUUGCAGUGUAUAACUUUGACUCGUUGCAAAUGAUUCAGACCAUCUCAGUCAAGAUACCUUACGGCAUUUGUGUGGUCAGCAAUGUCGCAUCUGCGACUGUGGGACCGGAUCGAUUGCAAUUUAGACAUGAUCGACCUGCGACUUUGUUCACCGUGUCUCCACCCUUUGAGGUCCAAAUGCACCAAAUGCUUCCGAUUGCACAGCAAGUUGCUGUGUCGUUGGGAAAUCGCCGCUUGGAAGAUGCCGUCGCGCUUUGCAAGCUUUGCUCGGAGGACAGUCCACUGAGCGACGUUGAUCAACAGAAGCUGUACGCCGAUUAUGGCUUCAAGCUGUUUCGAUUGGCACGCCGACAGGAAGCAAUGAAUUACUUUUUUGAGAGCAAUAUCGAUGUCUUGGAGGUACUGGUACUUUUUCCACGAAACCUUCUCCCUCGCAAGAUCAGCGCUUUACGCAAGGAUACCAGCAGCAAUAAUAAGGAAGGAGUUUUGGAAGGUGAUGAUUUAGUGGAGAGUUUGUUAGCUCUCAUAGGGUUUCUACGCCGUAAACGACACGCUUAUUUGCAUCACGAAGAGGAAUUAUCGGCUAUUGGGAUACGUACACGCCGCAGCCUUGAACCUAGUGACGAGACUGCACUCGAGCUAAUUGAUACCAUGCUGGUCAAGUGUCUUGUUGUAGUGUCAGAAAAGGCAAAGUAUGAAAAUCGUGCUAAGCGUGCGCUGCUCGAGGUCGUAACCGGGCAAAAUUGGUGCGAGAUUGGUGAGGCUGAGAUUUUUCUCCUAGCUCAUCGACGGUUUAAGGCGCUGCUGGCAUUUUACUCUGCUCGAAAGUUGCAUCGUAAGGCGCUUGAGCUACUUGAGGACCUUGAGCGCAGUGCGGCAUCAGCUGCUGCCCUGUCCGAAAAGAACGAAACAGAUCAAAAAGUGGAUGAACCGCAGAGUUCGGGCGAUCUGCAAUCAUCACAUGACUAUAUGGUGCUUAUCGCGCAGUACCUUCGUGUAUUGGGCAAAAAGCAUGCUGACCUAGUUUUUGAAUUUUCACGACGUGUCUUGUCCGUGAACCCUGCGCUGGGGCUUUCAAUUUUUACACAGCGCGAAGUACCCAGUACAAAGACAGAUAUUGAUCCAGCUGCGGUACUUCAGCACCUUAAGAGCUGUACUAUCGCUACCUCAAGCUAUGAUUGGAAAACCCUUUCUGUCAAGGACACAGCAGAAACAAGUUUGCCAUUAAUCAGCAGUCAAAUGCUGGCAAUCGAAUAUCUUACACAACUUAUAUAUGAAGGAACGCGUCAACUGACGCCGCGGUUGCAUGACGAAGUGGUGUACUUGCUAUUGGACAUGAUUAACGCCGAGAUACCACAUGAAGGAAGGCUCACCAGUCGUGUUGAGGUACAGCGUGAUGCGAUAGGGAUUUUACGUCGAAAGCUGCUACAGUUCCUUGAGUUUCCUGGAGCUGCUUACCACCCAGAACGUAUGUUAAGCCGUACGCCCAUUGAAAUGGUCGACGAACACGCGGCGCUUCUCUCGAAACUUGGACGUCAUCAUGAAGUACUUGAAUUGUAUGCUUUGGAACUAAAAGAUGCAGUGCUGGCGGAAGCGUAUUGCAAUCGAUGCUACGAAUCGAAGACGGCUGAUUCGUCGAUUUACUCCACGCUGCUGAAAAUUUAUUUGCGCCCACAGUGCCACGCAGGUAGGACAGCAUCUGGAAUCGCGUCGCGCGCCAUCAUCUCCUCACCAAAAUCUUUUCCGUUACGGAAGACUUCAAGCUCUGACUUACAGAGUGAGGAUGUACAGGCUGCCAUCGACUUGCUGAACAAUUACGCUGAGCGGAUUGAUGUAUCCGCGGCUCUUGAGCUUUUGCCAGCGAAUGUAGCUGCAGCACCUUUGGCUACGUUCUUUCGUCGUGUACUUGAGUGCCAGGUCCAGCGUCUUCGCAACGGACAAGUGAAGAAGCAGCUUUCAAAAAUGGAGAACUUUAAGGUUCGAGAGCAACUUUCUACAAAGCGUAAGGAAUCAGUCACAGUGUGGUCGUCUCAAUGUUGCCACUUUUGUAGUAAAAAACUCGAUGUCGGCACAUUCGUGCGUUUACCGAAUGGAACCCUGCUGCACUAUUCCUGCCAGUCCGUACGGUAG